AUGGACAGCCCGUUCAACCAAGGCAGAGGGAAUGGUCAAUCGUCCACACCCCCGCAAAAGCCAGUGGGUGGCAGCAACUACCAGGUCAACGUGAACCGUACCAAGACGAAGAAAUGGGUCGAAGCCAAGGUCCAGAAUUACGACGGUGACGACUGGGGUGCCGACGAGUAUGAUGACGAUGCCGCCGAGCCAGCGUCGCCAGUGACGCAGCGGACGCCAGCGACGCAGCCGACAUCGACGCAGCCGACAUCGACGCAGCAGACAUUGACGCAGCCGACAUCGACGCAGCCGACAUCGACGCAGCCGGCAUCGACGCAGUCGCCAUCGACACAGACCCCGUCGAGGCAGUCGCCGGUGACCCAGUCGCCGGUGAUGCAUUCGUCCGGCAACCCGCCUGGAGCGGCUGCGACGUCUUUGCCGUCCGCCCCGAAUCCCCUCGACGUGGCCCGCGCACCCUACGCCGCCACCGGUGUACCGUCGUCUCCUGCGAAUCAGUCGCAGCCCAUCGCAGACCCCCCCUCGUCCAGCAGCCCGCCUGUCCGCGAGAGGACCGUCUCCCCACCCCCUGCCGCGGCCGCUACCGCUACCAAUGCCGUCGCCGCCGCCGCCCUGCCCGACGAGUUGGUCCAAAAGACUUCGGAACAACCUCCAUCCUCCGUUCGACCCUCCAACGUACGCACCCGCGCGAAUGAAGAGGACACUUUGGAUCAAAGGUCUCCCCGUCCUGGCCCGAACGAUGGUGAUCAAACCUCGAGCCGAUCCGACUCGCUUUGGAGAGACGGCAGCCUCAGUCCCAACCCUGAAUCGGGAGUGGGUGCCCGUCCUGCGAACCCCCUCCCGAAGCUUCCAUCCGUCGUUCGCAUGUCCACCUUUGCCCCCAAUCUGUUUCUCUCCACCGGCGGUGCCUUCUUCUCCGACCCAGGAAUGACGAGCAGCGACGGCAGAGGAUCCGCAUCGCCUUCCCUCAGGGACGGAAGCACACCUCCGCCGCUGCCGCGUACCAUCACGCCCACAUCUACGACUGUCGAGCGCGAACCGAUGCCUGCGAUGAAGGGAGUGCUGCUGCCUGCCCAAGAGAAGCCUGCCAUGUCGCGAGAGCCAAUCGUUUCGCACGAGCUAUCCGUCACCAAAGCCGUCCCGCUCGCUACCCUUGACUCCUACACCGCUGUCAAGUCCACCGCAAAGGCCAGGAACGACGAGGCCGCCGAGGCCAAGCGCAAGACCGAGGCCCGAGAUCCUCUGCCUGCUCACCCGGCCGCCCUCGUCUCCGAAACACCCGAGAGGGCCACUCCCAAGCCCGAGGCCGCCGCUUCCGAGCGCACGCGGAAGCCUCCCGCUCUCAGCCCGCAGAUGGGCCUUGAUGCCGUUGAGCCGCUGCGGACGCAGAGUCCGCGCGGCCAAACCAAACUGCUCGAUGAGAGUCGCGGCUCCGACGCGGCGCGUGCCGCUGAUCAGACCCCGGUCGAGGUGGAGAAAGAAACGACGCCCGAGUCUGUCCACCUCGCGCCCACCUAUGGCAGCGUCGCGUCGUCGCCCGUCAAGGAUAGCGACAUCCUCAGCGAUGAGAUUCUCAGGUCCCUCAGCCCCGGCGGAAAGGACGCGGCCGACCCAUCCUUCGGCCAGACUGUCGACCAUAUCCAGCAUGCCCCCUCGGCGUCCACCCGCGACAGCAGGUACACGCUGAAGGAUUACGAUAGCUACUGGGCCCUCACCGCGGCCAAGCCUGAUCCCGUCGGCGAGGAGUCUGAUUCGGAGACGGCACCGCCUGCGCCCCUCGCUCCCGAUGGCAAAGCCUUGCCCUCGAACCCCCCCGCGUCAUCUUCUGCUACACCCGCGGGAUCUGCGGAAGGUACCUUGCUGUCGGAGGAGGAAGCUCGAAUCAGGCGCAGGUUCUCCUGGGAAGCUGCGUCGCGUGGCGUGUCGCCUGCGCCGCCCGGAGCCCCGACGGCGUCCCAUGAAGCCUCGGAAACGUCCCAAGGUGCACCGACGGCGUCCCGUGAGGCACCGAAUGCGCCUCAUGAAUCACCGACGGCGUCUCGCGGACCGACGCCUGCGUCUCAUGAACCGCCGCCCGCCACCCCCGCCAAGUCACCUCCCGUUUCCGAUGGUGACGCGGACCAUGGGCUUCGAAAUCGUGACGCCGGGGUGUCCGAGUCUCAGCCGUCCGUCGUCGGCUCUGUCGCCGCCUCCGCGGCCGUCUCCGCUGUCGCUGCAACUGCGGCCGCCUCUGCUGUUGCCUCGUCACAUCGUCCGAACUCGACACUUGAGCCUUCGCCCCCGGUGUCUGCCUUGAGCGAUAGGCAGCUCCUGGAGAACAAGAGGCUACCGAGCCCCAAGGAGAGGACUCUGACAACGCAGACGCCGCCUCGAAUGGUGUCCCCGAGUCCGCCGCUAGACUCCCGCCUGCCAAGGGACCCCCCGACCUCCCAGGCGGCUGCUAGUCAGGCUGUGCCUUUCAGAGAGAUCAUGGGCUUGCCUACUUCGCCCGAGAGAACUGCCAUGUUCAAUGCCUCUCGUGACCACUAUGCCGUCACGGACUCGGGCUUGGAUGACUGGCUGGAUAGCAUCAAGGACCAGCACCCCGAGUAUACCCAUGGACCGGUGCCGUUCCGUGCGGCCACGUCGGGUCAGUUGGGGGCCGCUGCUGGAAACAUGGCCCCUGAUGCCCUCGCGAAUACAACGACUCAGCAGCCGUAUUAUCAGCAGUACGGUGCGAGCUCCACGAGCUCCGUAACCUCCCCACCUUCGUCCCGACCACGCCCUGGAGGGCCGCAGACGUCCCAGCAAGCGAGCGGCGGCUCUCUGGGACACUCCGGCAACCAGAUAGGCUCGAAGAGCAAGGAGUUCAUGCAAUCUGCGGGGAAGAUGGGCAAGGGUUUGCUGAGCAAAGGGAGGAGCAAAUUGCGCGGAAGUGGGGAUAAGGAAAAGGCCGAUUCCUCCCCUCCUUCCGUCCAGCCGAAGGUCAAGAAUGAGAGGCGAAAGUCUUGGGGUCUUGGCCUUGGCACCAGAUCUGCCUCAGAUGAAGUCGCCUCUCCACCCCGUUCGCACAUUGCCAUCCAAAACGACCUGGCGAACGCGGCGCAGGUUCCUCCGCCCACUGCCGUGACUGCAUCUGCACUGCUGCAUCCUUCAACCCCCCAACGGCAGGGGCAGCAUUGGGCCCCAACCUCCGGCCAAGCCAUCCAGACGGAUCGCGAGCAAACCCCGCCGUUCCAAGGUCCUCCUCCUUCUACCCCUGUCGGCCGGGCUGUUGCCGGCCUGAGCAGGCUCGAAAUCCCCCCUGGGAGGCCAUCUGUGCAAAGUGACGGCGUCGGUAUCGGCAUCGAGCAUCUCGGGGGCGCCGACGACGGACGCAAGCAGCCACAAGGCGAAGCAACAAGGGAGCAUGGUUUGGACGAGUGGGUGACGGUGCCGCAGCAGUCGAAUAACCAGGGACCUGCUGCAAACAUGCUGCCAUCCGUUUCGACGACACAGCGUGAGGCUUCUGUUCCUGUUUUCGAGCAUAGCGGUGUGUCGGUGCCGUCUCAACCGCCAGUUGAUGACAACGAGCCCAAGCGAGAUUCAUCAUUCAUUGGACUGCCGCCGAUUAGGAGAAGCUCCACCUUUGCUCUCACAUCCAAGGUAAAACGAAAGAGCCGACGAACCCCGGGAGAUGAUGCGAAAACGGAUGGCGAUGGUGUGCUGUCUCAUGCGGACGAAGACAACACCCGCGCAGUGAAGAAACCGGCUGAACCCGAAGAAUUCAUUCCGCUGCCCGCCCCGGAGACUGCUCAGGAUAUCGAUAUUGCCAAUCGCCAAGUAACCGACAAGACUGACACCCACACGACAAAGGAAACGCUUAACCACCAAGAGGAGCUUCCACCAUCCAACCUGGCUACUCCCCAUGGCAAUGACACUGUCGACCUUCCACCAAAGAGCAAAGCUCUUACUUACGGAGCGGCACAAACGGAAUCCCAAGCUUCACCUUCACUACUUGUGCCAGUUGUCACCCAUGCUGCCAGUAUGGCCGACCCUGUUCCUGCGGACGAGGACGGCAACGGUCCAAAUAAGGAUACUCUUAACCCCCAGGAACCGCUUCCACAACCUAGCCCUGAUACCACUCAAAAUGUCGAUGCAGUCGACCCUGACACUCCGAUCAUGGACAAAGGCAACGCCAGGGCGAUGAAAGGAAUACUUGUACCCCGGGAAUCACUUUCGCCAUCCGGCUCGGUUACUACUCAAGAUACCAGUGUCGCUGACAGUCCACCCAUGGGCGAAGGAGAUGCCCAAGAAAUGAAUCAAUCGGCUAAACCCAAGGGGUUAGUUGCACUAUCCGGCCUCGCCAGGACUCAAGAUAUCGGUGUUACCGACCUCUCGUCCGUGGAUAAAGGUAGCGCCGAGACAGCAAAUGAGUCGAAUGAAUCCCAGCAAUCGCAAUUGCAAUCCGCCCCCGCUACUACUCAAGAUAUCUCUGGUUCCGACACUCCACCCGUGGACGAAAGCAGUGCCCAUACGACGAAGGCAAUUCUUGAACCACAGAAACUCCUUCCACAAUCCAGCACAACCACUACUCAGUCUAUCGACACAGCCAACCCAGUAAUCGUUGACGAAGGUGAUUUUCAUGUGAAGAAGGAAGUGGUUGAAUCUCAGGAAUCAACCCCACAACCCCGUCCUGAUUCCACUCAUUCUAUUGGCAUGACUAUCCUACCGAUUUUGAAUCAAGGCAGCUCCCACACAAAGAGGGAAAUGGUUGAAUCACAGGAAUCGCUUUCCGGCUGGCCUGUCGGCCAAGAUUUCGGUUCAGACAACCCACCGAGUAUGGAAGAAGGCAGCUCCCGUAUGGUUGUGCCCCAGGAAUCGCUUGUACAAGCCGGCCCAGCUACCACUCAGUCUAUCGGAACAGCCAACCCACUGAUUGUAGACAAGGGUAGCGUUUAUUUGACAAAGGAAAAAGUUGAAUCUGAGGAAUCGCUUCCACAAUACGGCUCGGCUACUAUUCAUGACAUCACUUUGGAGGAUCCUUUCAUUGAUGAGAGAAACUCCCCCAAGACGAAGGAGAUGGUUGAAUCUAUGGAACCGCAGUCCGGCCCAGCUACCGCUCAGUCUAUCGGAACAACCAACCCACUGAUUGUAGACAAGGAUCGUGCUUAUAUAACGAAGGGAAAAGUUGAAUCCGAGAAAUCGCUUCCACAAUCCGGCCCGGCCACUACUCAUAACAUCACUUUAGAGGAUCCUUUCAUAGAUAAGAGCAACUCCCGCAAGACAAAGGAGAUGGUCGAAUCUGAGGAACCGCAUGUACAAUCCGGUCCGGUUACUGCUGCAGAUAUUAUUGCCGAGUCUCAAUCUGUAGAAGAAGGCAAUGCCCACACACCUACAAAAUCAGCUGAACCUCAAAAGGCGCCGGCGUUGACUUCCUUGGCAACUACUGGAGAUGUUGACGAUGCCGACACUACAAAGAGCGAUGAAGACAUUACUCGUUUGGCCAAGAAAUCAGCCAAACACCAAGAAUCGCUUCUGUCAUCUUCGUUGGAUACCACCCGAGGUGUUGGUAACGCCGACCCUAUAACGAUAGAUGAAGGCAGUACAAAUUCGGCCAGCAAAUCAGUCAAAUCAUCCCAAGAGUCGCUUCAAUUGUCAUCAUUGGAUACCACUCAAGAUAUUGGUAGUGCCGACCCUUUACAAACUGACAAAGACAGCACCAAUAGGAUGGAUGGAUUGGAUGAGGUCCAGGAAUCUGUUCCAGUGUCCGAACUGACCACUUCUUCGAAUGCGGAUUCUGUACCUACAGUCAAAGGCAGCGCCGGCACAAAGAAUGGAUCAGACGAGCUCCAUGAUUCGGUUCUAAUGUCUGAACUGACGCCGACUACCUCGAAUGUCUAUGCUGUACCUAUUGUCAAAGGCAGCACCGGUAUGAUCGAUAGAUCAGAUGAGAUGCAGGAAUCGGUUCCAGAACAGACCACUUCUUCGAAUGCGGAUCCUGUACCUACAGUCAAAGGCAGCACUGGUACGAAGAAUAGAUCAGACGAGCUCCAUGAUUCGGUUCUAAUGUCUGAACUGACGCCGACCACCUCGAAUACCUAUGCUGUACCUAUUGGCAAAGACCGCACCGGUGGGAUCGAUAGGUCAAAUGAGGUCCAGGAAUCGGUUCCCGUGUCUGAUCUGACUACUACUUCUAAUGCCGAUCCUGCAUCUGUUGAUGCGGGCAGCACCCGCACCACCGAUAGAACAGAUGAGCUCGAGGAGUCGGUCCCGGUAUUUGAACAGCCAACUACUUCGAGUGCCGAUUCAGUACAUGUGGAGAAGGGCAGCAUCCGUGCGACUGAUAGACCAGAUGGCCCUGAUGAAGCGGUUCCGGUGUCCGAACCGUCUGCUACCUCAAGUCCCCAUCUCGCACCGAUUGAAAAUGGCAGCACCCGUACGAUCAAUAAAUCCGAGCUCCAGGAAUCGGUUUCGGCUUGGGAGCCGACUACCUCAAAUAUCCAUGCUCUUCCUAUUGGCGAAGGCAGUACCAGGGCAGUCGAUGGAUCAGAGGAGCUCCAGGAAUCGGCUCCAGUGUCCGAACUGACUUCAUCGAAUGCGGAUCCUGCAUCUAUUGAUACAAGCAGCACCCAUACAACCGAUGAAUCAGAUGCGCUCAAGGAAUCGGAUCCGGUGUCUGAACCAGUUUCAACCUCGAGUGCCGAUCCUGCACCUAUUGACAAAGGUAGCACCCAUGCGAUCAAGAAAGCAGCUGAGCCCCGUGAACCAGUUCUGGUGUCUGAGCCGUCCGCUACCUUGAAUACCGAUCCUGUAGCUACAGACAAGGGCAACACCCUUACAGCAAAUGGAUCAGAUGAGCUCCAGGAAUCGGUUUCGGUGUCUGAACCGACCACUACCUCGAAUGCCGAACCUGCACACGGCAGCGGAGGCAGCGCCCCUAUGACGGAGAGAUCAGAUGAACUGGAGGAAUCAGUUCCAGUGGCCGAACCGACAGCCUCAAAAGAUGCCGCCAUGGCUGAACCUGCACCCAAGAAUGCUCUGCAAAAGGACGUUUCGGCGUCGCAAGUCGAGGUGCAAGAUGGAAAUCAUGCGCAAAUGGCUGUACCUCAACAUGACGCACCGACUCCGACUACGGUGAACAAAAAGGCCCGGGUUCCGCCGCCUUUGAAACUUGUUAAGCCAUCGCGUGAAGAUAACUUGGGGAUGCCGGUUCAGCAGACCCCUCCACUAGGGACCGGCCCCUGGAAACUCGAGGAAAGCUACCUUUCCGAGCCCUUACACACCGUUUCGAGAAAUCGUCCUGGAACAAGUGGCUCUCAGCACGUCUACGGCUUUGACCAACGGACUGGGUUGCCUCUGCUAUCUCCUCCACCUGCCAGUUCGCGAACGAGGACUGCUGCUAUGCCGCCAUUAUCAUCGCAACGGUGGCCAGAACUCUUCUCCCGUCCAGGCCAGAACGAGAUGGAUAGAAGUCGAGCAAACAUGGGGCCUGGACAGCCACCCGUUCAACAGUAUCAAAUGGCCGCCAAUCACCAAGAGCCCACGAUCUCGGGUACACAAUUCAAUGACUCUUCUCGUGGUGAUGUCGUUUCCCCGGAUGAUGAUCGGGGGCGCGGCAGACGAGGAUCGGGCAUCUUCAAGGGCAUUGGGGAUCGCCUUGCUAGGGCGACAUCUCGUGACAGGCGGAAGUCUGUCAUCGACAGUAGACCGUCUGAAACCGAUUCUCCCGUUGGUGAACGGGCUGGAUCCAUUGUCUCUGUCGGCGACGGCCAGGAGCGGAAUAGUCGGAGGUCAAGCAUCGUUUUCGGCCGCAUCGGUCGGGCUUCGACGGAGGAUCGAACCCUUCGAAAAGGAAGCAAGGACGACCACCAGGCCAAUACGGAAACCCAGGCUUCCAUCAUUCAACCGCAGCCUCAGUCUGACCGUCGACACUCCAUUCUCAGUGCCGGGGCAAGCGAUCGAGUACCAACCCCGACGUCCACGCAGGCCAACGACUCAACAAGCGUGCUUGCCGCCAGUAUCGACGAGAAGCCGGCGACGAAGAAGAGGAGGUUCUCAAGCAUAAUAAGGGUGGCUGGAAUCAAGAACAUGCUUACCCGCUCUGGUAAUCAUGAUAACGCGCGGUCCUCCAACGGCAGACCCCCUACUCUGUGCAGCCAGCCUCCGGAACACCUCGUCAGCCAAAAUCAGUCGCGUGGUAGCACGAAGAGCUCCUUCGAGAGAACGGAGCAAUCUUCAAGGGGCCAAGAAUCGUUGAGCCGGUUUGAGAAUGAAGAAAUCUCGCCCCUGAGUGCUCAUCCGUCAAGAGAAGCCGGCCAAAGGGCUACAGGGUGGCACCAGCGGUACCUUAAAGGGCAGCCACCGCCAACGACGUCCCAAAGGCACCCGCUGUUCCUGCAGGAAGCUUUAUACCAGCCACGGACAGGACAUGUUCGCCCGCAAAGCCAGCAGCUGAAUUCAUACAGUCCCCAAGGCGCCGUCGCAUCACAGAGACGAUAUAGCCAGCAGGUUUGGCCGGGCCGAGGAGAAAACGGGCCACUCCAGGGUCCGAUAUCAGGCUACGAGCCUAGGUAUGCUCAGGUGCCCAUUCCGAUGGGAUACAGUACGGUCCGGGGCGAGGGCAUUGCCUCUCCCAUGGCGUUUCAUACGCCGCGUCGGAUGUCCCUAGGUCCAUACAACCCGUAUCAACCACGGAUGUUUCCCACUGGAGACGUGCAAAGACAAGUUCAACAAGCACCUUUGACGCAAAGGGGGUUACCGGAACGUUCAUCUACACAAUCACCUGGAGGUUUUCCCUUUGAUUCGACUGUGACUGCUGAGAGGCGUCGUGUGAGUGCGGGAGACAGUUUCGCCAUGGCCAAGGAACCGAGCAUAAUUUCACGGAGCACCUUGCCCGCUAUCCCGGAUGAUGGGUCGCAGGAGAAUGAGUCCCGACAGCUGCGCUCAAGCGGGCAUGCCGUGGAGGGAUCUAGCAGCCACACGAGUGACGGCAAGCCAGCGCCGGUCGAUUCCGACAGUGCCUUUUCACACUCCAAACCAGCGGAUCAAAAUAGGGCGUCAGAAGGGAGCAAAAUGCCGGAACCUGCAGCAAAGGUUGCCAUGAACGAUGACAAGGGGAAGAACGCAGCGCGGGACAUAUUCGACACGGCGCCACUGAACAAGGACAGCACCGGUGAGAGCCAGCGGCAUGCGGCGACGUCGCGAACGGUGUCGGACGACGGCAUCAGCUCCGCCGGCGAAGUAAAGAAGCCAACGGUCGUCGAGAGCAGCGGACCAGCGGCCGAGCUGGAUGAUACGGCUGACCGGUACGAACGAAGACGUCGGCUCGAGUCGCAGGAGGAGAAGAUAUUCUACAGCCCAGAGGAUGACGAUGAUUAUCAACCGCAGAUGAGCGCGACGAGCUAUCCUGGCCAGGAAUGGAAUCCGUUCGGCGAGUCCGAGCCCUGGCAGGACGAGUAG